UUACCGGGCAGUGACAUUGCCAGUGGGAGUGAUGUGCUUUCUGAUGUCAUACCCAGUAUUCCAAGUUCACCUUGCCUGCUUCCUAAAAAGAAAAACAAGCACAGGAAUUUAGACGAACUUCCUUGGAGUUCAAUGUCAAAUGAUGAACAGGUGGAAUAUAUUGAGUAUCUGAGUCGCAAAGUCAGUACUGAGAUGGGUCUUCGGGAGCAACUUGAUAUUAUUAAAAUAAUUGAUCCUUCUGCUCAAAUCUCCCCUACAGACAGUGAGUUUAUUAUUGAACUUAACUGUCUCACAGAUGAAAAACUGAAGCAGGUCAGAAACUAUAUCAAGGAGCAUAGCCCUCGCCAACGGCCUGUAAGAGAGGCCUGGAAGAGAAGCAACUUUAGUUGUGCAAGCACCAGUGGAGUGAGCGGUGCCAGUGCCAGCAGCAGCAGUGCCAGCAUGGUCAGUUCAGCAAGCAGCAGCGGGUCCAGUGUUGGAAACUCUGCUUCAAACUCCAGUGCCAACAUGAGUCGAGCACACAGUGACAGCAACUUGUCUGCAAGUGCAGCAGAGCGGAUUCGGGAUUCAAAAAAGCGAUCCAAGCAGCGGAAGUUGCAGCAGAAGGCCUUACGCAAGAGGCAGCUGAAAGAGCAGAGGCAGGCUCGGAAGGAGCGGCUCAGUGGGCUCUUUCUUAACGAAGAAGUGCUGUCCUUGAAAGUGACUGAGGAAGACCAUGAAGCAGAUGUAGAUGUUUUGAUGUAAAAAUGGUGAAGUUAUCAACGUUCUUUCCAAGCAUUAUUUGUUUACAUGCAUCUUGACCAAGCUUUUGGUUAGGGCUGUGCUGAUGUACAAUUAAUAAUUUAGGCCAGUGGUUCUCAGCAGGAUCAUCGUCUUCAGCAUCACUUGAGAAGUUGUUAGAAAUGCAUACUAUGGGGCCCCACCCUAAACCUAGGGAAUCAGAAACCCUGGGGGAGAGGCCUAGCAUUGUAUUGUAAUAAGCACCAGGUUAUUUUAUCCUGCAUGCUAGCUUUAAGAACCACUGAUUUAGUAAAUGUUGUUUUGACUAUUUAAACUUUAGGUUGGUUAAGUAGGCUUUUUCAAAUAUUAGUAAUUUUAAAGUUUAGAAGAUUUCAAGGUACUGCUGACAAGUAGUUUAUUAUGUCUGUAUAUGUAUAUGUGUAGAGAUCAUAAUUCAGUUUCCUUAAUGUUAUAAUUUCUUAGUUUAUAUUUUCUAAAGGGCCAUAGCAUAAUUCUCAAUUUCUUGUGGAAGUCUUUUUUUGAGGUUUUGGGGAUGGAAUGUGGAUUGCUAUCUACAAUAGUGCCUUCAUUAAGUUUAUUUCUAUCUGUUUUCAUUCAUUGUUAACUCAAAAGUGUAAAACCAGGCCCUAUUAUCUUUCUUGUUAGGUUUGUUUUUUUCUUUUCACUUUAUGUACAUUUAGUAUCCUUUUUGUAAGUGAUGACUACUGAGGAAAUAGUGUUACUAACAGCUGAAUUUUAAGACUUGAUGCUAUGUUCAUUAAUAUUCAAAUGAGAAAGCAAUGAACAAAAUAACCCAUUCUACUCUUUCACUGCUUUCUAAAGUUUUAGGCUGUGAAACUGUCUGAAAGGCAGAAAAUAUCUCUUAAGUUCUUUUUGUGGGUCAUUUUUUUUUCCAGCACAGCUCUAAUUUUUAAAUAGUUGGUGUAACAGCUUCUGGCAUGUGAACAGGUUAAUGUUCAAAAUUAACUAAAGGAAACCCUUCAGUUCUGUUAACCUUCCCUAUAAAUCUUUAAAAUACAUACAGCAGUGAGAUAAUAGAAAAAACCUUAGCUUGUUGGCAGUUAAAAUAGAACUAAUUUUAAAUGUGAAAUUAUAGUUUCUUUAAUGAUUUUAUGGAGAGUUUGUUAUGAACAUUCACAAUAGUGUGACUCCUUUUCUUCUACCACACAUCUUUAAUCAUUCAUAUGGAUUAAAGAAGUUGGAAACUAAUACUACUGACAAUCAAGCUGCUUUCUGACCUUCAUAAUUUUUAUUUUAUUGUAGAUAACUUUUGAAAGGUAAUUGUGAUACUGUAGGAGUUGCAGUCCAUAUCUUUAAAGCUAGAGUCAGAGGUUGAUGGGAAUUUCUACUUUUUUAACUUAUUAUACCAAGUAACUUGUUAAGAUAAAGAUUAAUGGCUUAAAUUCUUAAUUUAAAGUUCUUAAUCUAAAUAUAAAGGCAUAACCUUUGCUUACAGUCAUGUGUUUUGAAAAUUUGAUUUCAUUUUGGUUCCUUGAAGGUUAAAGAAUUGAAACUGAGGAUAAAAAUUGAUAUAUUGCAGCUUUGCUGAGGCCUGUAACAUUUUGAAGACCAUUAAAUUCAUACUUUAAAAUGUUACUAAAAUUUAAGAAGUAUAUAUGUGUACUAGUAUAUGUUUAUCAGUUGGAAUAGUCUUUCUGACUUUCCUCUUACCUCCUCUUUGGUGCUCCUAACCAGCUGAGAGGGCCCAACGAGAGCUUGGGGAUAGACCCAAGAAUACUCUGAGGAAGGUGGAAGGGUCAACCUCCUUGUGUUUUCCUUUUCAAGUAUAGGGAGAGUAAAUGGAGAGAAGAAUAAAUACAGCUGAAUUCUCUAUUUGCUCUUAGCAAAAACAAAUUUCAGAGAAUGAUUGUUCUCUUCACUCUUCAAGGAAAACAGGCCCGUUUUGGAGACCGCAGAGCAGACUUGAUCUGUUAAAUACUUGGAAACAGUUUACCUGACAGUGACCAGUAAAAGAAAAUCCUAAACAGGGUUGUGAUGUAAUAAGACCAAUUCCUCUACUCUCCCAACAAUCACAUAGUCUUAUUACCUCAGAUUUAACGUAGGUCACUAUUUAAACAAGUUUACCAAAGCACCACAAAGCCAAUUUUAAAAGUAUAUAAAGGUUUGAGAGUUUAUGGUAAAGUGUGCCAUGAAAUUUUGUGUAGAUCUGGAUGGACUGUCUUUACAGUACUAUAAAUUAAAGAUAACUCAUAAAGUUGGUUUGAAGGAGAUUGAAAUACUUCCUCUUAUUAAAACGAAAAAAAGUAACACAACUUGGGUUUGCUUAUGAUUAAAGAGGGAGAUUACAGUGUUCUCCAUCCCCCUUCAAAAAAACUCGGGAGAAAAAGACAAAAAGUCUUUGUUAACAUGCUAUUUUCUUGUUCUGUUUUAAUGCCUUAUGUAGAUAAUAUAAGUUUGAAUUACUUCUUUCUUGGAAUAAGUAAUAAUUUAUUCAAUCUGGUAUAUCUCUGAGUUCAAUUCAAAAGAAACCCAACUCUGUUUUUUUUUUUUUUCUUUUAAGCCCUAACUAAGCCUUGUUAACGGAGAACAUGAUAAAGCCCCCUCAGAUUUAUCCGGAAACAUUUUAUUAGAGAUCUUGUAUGUAUGUCAUUAUAUCUCGAUAAAAUGGAAAAAAAGAGAUAGAAGUCUGUCAGUCCCCACUACAGCUUUUUAAAAUAUGAAUCUUGAGUUAAACAAAAUGGCAUGUCUUUUUCUACAGUAUUUCAAUGAAAUUAAAGUAAGGUGGUAUAGUUUAAGAAAUAGUGGAGUGUAAAGGGCUAGUUCAUUCUGUCCCAAUAAGAACUUAAAGUAACACCUUUUUGCUUUCAUAAGACUUGUCUCAUUUUUUGUUAAGCUGUGGUGGUUUUGUCCAUUUCCUCAGUCUUUAUUAUUAAGUUAAUAUUGCUUAUAAAUUAAUCACAGAAACUGACUUAUCAUUUAUGGAUUUGGUGGACAUCUCAUUUUAUAGUUUUUAAAUGUGCUAAAUCCCCUCAUAAAGAAAAAAUUCAAAGAACCUAUAGUAUAAAGGUAUCCAGAUUCUGAUGAGCUUUAAAAACUGUGAAAUUUAUCAAAUGUGUUAAUAUUUAGGCUAAAAAUGUUAGUUACUAGUAACUAACAAAUAUAGAAGUCUUGUUUCUAGAUUCUCUAGCAGAGUUUUUUGUUCAUGGCUCACUCUAUAUAGCCUCAUGUGCCUUAAAGGUGAACUCUACUUUUUUGUCAAUAUCAAGCUUUUCCAAACUAAGAAAUAAUCUGAAUGUUAUAAUUAAUUUUGUAAAAUGCCCAUGCUGUUGGAUAUCAGUAAGCAAAGCCAUUAAAUUGAACCAAUAAAUUGGUAAUAACGUGUAUAAAACAAAACACCUUCAGAUUUUAAAUUUCAUUUGCCUAACUUUGUUUUGGCCCAUCUAGGUCAUUGAAGAAUAUUGAAAGUUAUCUAAAACAUAGCUUAAUGUAUUCUUUUAUUGCCCCCACUCCCACCCCCUGAAGAAUGUCAUAAGCCAAAAUACUUUUAAAA